AUGAACAGAACAUUGCCCCAGCUAAACUCUUCAGGAAGCAGCGAGAGCAGCUGUUGGCAUCUGGUGUCUAUCCUCAUUCCUCUAGCGUAUUCUCUGAUUUUCCUGGUAGGGACGGUGGGCAACUCUCUGGUGCUGGCAGUGCUGCUGAGGAACAGGCAAGUCAACAACACCACCAACCUCUUCAUCCUCAAUCUGGGAGUGGCCGACCUGUGCUUUAUAGUCUUCUGCGUGCCCUUCCAGGCCACCAUCUACACCCUGGAUGACUGGAUCUUUGGGCCACUCAUGUGCAAAGCAGUGCACUUCUUCAUCUACCUGACCAUGUAUGCCAGCAGCUUCACCCUCACAACUGUAUCCCUAGACAGGUGAGCAAGCAGUUGGGGAGCGGGGGGGGGGAGUUUGGACUUUUAGAGUCACUAUAGAGUAUCAAUAUCUCCGCAGCUGCUAACGAUUCCCUGCCUCCCACUUCCUUGCAUGCAUGUAAAACUUUGUUUCAUAACUUUCUCAUUGUUCCAUCAAUAUACUUAGUGUUUUACAAAUCCAGGACAAUGGAUCCAAAAAGGAAACAUUGUCUAGACAAAGGAGGGGCCCCAGAAUAACAGCAUCACAAGGGUCAUCUUGUCUAUGCCCUUACAUCAAGAAGUCCCUUCAAACAAAUUAUCCCAAUACUAUACAGACCACAGUCACAGAGUCACAGUCAGAUAGAUUGUGAGAUUUGGCAUUCUUUUAUUUCACAUGUCAACACAUGUCCAAAGGCUUCCCGACUCCUUUUGUUGAGGUAAACCUGUCUUAAAAUUUAACUCCAGUAUUUGCACCCAAAUAUUGGGUGUCACUCCAAAUAUAUGCAGUUGGUGUUCUUACAAUGACAAAAGUAAAUGAAAUUUUUGAUAUGAGAAUCUAUAUUGUUCAUAUGGUUUUGGUUAAAAAAAAGAAGAAAAUUGUAAUGUGAAAGCAUUUUGUUGCUGGUGAAGUUAUGUUGUAAAUUGAAAAUAAAAAAAUAGGGGGGGGGUAAAGAAGGGUUUCUCUGAAAUAACUACUUCCAGACUGCUUGAAGAGCAUAUUCUUUGGGGAACCUCAAUGUAUCCUAGCUGCUUGGUAAGUGCAGCUGUAUAUUACACGAUUAUGAAAACCUGUUAGUCACAUUCAUAUAUGAAAUAAUAUCCUGUGUUACAGAUAUGUGCAUAUAGUGAGGUUAGGAGGAAAUGAAAUGCAGAGGGUGGAGGAAGAGAAAUACAAAAAAUAAAAAAUAAAGACACUGAUAAUUACUUUAUUAAUAUUGACUAUGUAAAAAAAAGUUGUUGGUAUUACAGACUGAAUUGGGACACUGGGUGGUAUGUAGCUAAGUUUUACUCAGAGUAGACCCAUUGAUAUUAAUGAACAUGAUUGAGUUAGGUCCCUUAAUUUUAGUGGGUCUACUCUUAGCAAAACUAGCUGAAUACUAAGGUGAAUUUUUAAAAUUUGUUUUUAAAAAAAUUAAAAUUGCAUUCCACGUUAAUUGGCUCUCCAGUGCCAGAGCUAUCAACAACAACUUUGUGUGUUGCAAUUAUCACCAUCUGUACUAUUCUACAUUUCAUUUCCCCACAAUCUAUUCACACACAAACACACACACACACACACACACACACACACACAACACGUCAUGCAUCCAACAAAGUGGAAAUUUGUCAACAGAAACUUAAGGCAUAAUAAAUUUGCUAGUCUUUAAGGUGCCACAAGACACUUCGUUGUUUUCACAUAUUGAGUUAAGGAGCACGAUUGUAUGAUAGUGGACUCUGGUGCUGCCAUUUCAUCACAGGGAGAAACUUCUCCAACAUUCAAGAUAUUAUUUUGGCUAUCACAUUUACCAUCAUAACCACGCCCUGUAACUUUGGUUUCUUCCCACAUACAGUAUUUACUAGAUUUGAUUUGAUUUAAAUGCUGCUACCACCUCAGCAUCGCGACCUUCUCUUGCUUUAUUUUUGCCUUCCUAGGUAUCUGGCCAUAAGGUACCCUUUGCAUUCAAGAGAACUGCGAACCCCCAGGAAUGCCCUCACCGCCAUUUGUCUCAUCUGGGGCCUUUCCUUCAUCUUCUCUGGACCUUACAUCAGUUACUACCAGGAGUUUCAGGUGGCCAAUGUUACCGUCUGCCAUCCCAUCUGGAAAGUCUCUCAGCGCAAAGUUAUGGACCUCUGCACUUUUGCCUUCAGUUAUGUCAUUCCUGUCCUGAUUCUGAGCCUCACCUACGUGAGGACCAUCCGUUACCUCUGGACGUCGGUGGACCCCAUUAAAGACAUGUCUGAUUCCAAGAAGGGCAAGCGCAAGGUCACGCGGAUGAUCAUCAUUGUGGCUGUUCUCUUCUGCCUUUGCUGGCUGCCCCAUCACUUGGUCAUCCUCUGCUUUUGGUUUGGCUACUUCCCACUGAACAACGCGACCUACGUGCUCAGAAUCCUCUCCCACCUGAUUUCAUACGCCAACUCAUGUGUCAACCCCAUCGUCUACGCUCUGGUAUCCAAACAUUUCCGUAAGGGAUUCAAGAAGAUCUUCAGUUGCCUCUUGCACAAAAGAGUGACCAACAAGGUUCAUGUGGCACAGGUGACUCACACAGUGAGCAUCUUGGAAGCGGAUCUGACAGAGGUGAUACACGUCAGUGAGCCCACGCAUGCCAGGGCCUCCAGCUGCUGUCAAAUCCCCAUCCAGACAUGGGGUGAGGCAGAGCAGCUGAGUCGCCAAGAGAGAGUCACCAACCCUUUCAUCACUUUCAAUGUCACUUAG